GUACCAGCAGCAACUGCCAUUGACGUUUGAACUCUGGAAGAAAGCAGUGAGCUGUGAAGCAUCGAAGUCUGACGACGUUACAAUUGAGUUAGGCCUAAAACCCCUAAUCAUUGGUUACAUCACUAUAUUGUCACAAUUUUACUUGAAUAAUUUUUGAUAAACUUCAGCACCUUCCGACAGGCAUGGGCCGGCGUGACAAAGCUCCUGUAGCAGAAGUUGCCCAGGAAGAAGAAGAGGCUGAGGAAGUCAGUUCUGCCCCUGAGUCUACAGAAGAAUCAGAAGAAGAACCAGCCACUGCAGCUCCUCCUCAGAAAAAGGCCAAGACAGCAAAAAAAGCAAAAGCUUCAGAGAGUGAAGAUGAAGCUGGUGUCAAGAAGCAGCGUAAGAAGGCUCGUCGCUCAAGUGAAGCCCUCAAUCCGCCCACCACAGAGAUGGUUCUCCAGGCUCUCAUGGCUCUUGAUGAAAAGAAGGGAACUACCAUCAAGGCUAUAAAGGAUUACAUCCUUCUCCAAAACGAUGUGCGACCUGAGCACAUCUCCCACCUCAUGAGGAAGGCCCUGCCAAAGCUCUUGGCCAAGGAAUCCAUUAUCAGGCCUAAAGGAGAAGAAAAUAAGUCUGUUAUGCUGGGCCGCUACAAGAUCGCCCCUCGUAAAACUGAUAAAACAGCUGUGCGGGAGAGACCAGCUUCGCUCCGCAAACUCGUUGACCCGAAUGCUCCCGCCAAGAAGAAAAAGAAGAGGAAGAGGAGUGGCUUCUACUAAGAAGUCAUCUGAACACUUGCAACUUUCGUUGUGGUCAUGCCAUCAGUUCCGUUCGCCGAGUGCUGCCUGAUUAUGAAUAUUAUUUUAGUUUUUUGCCAAUUUUGAUGAUGAAUCAAGUUAUUUGAAUUAAAGGAAGCAUGUAUCACGGUUUAAGUAAAUUUCGAAUGAAAUUAAUUCGAGAGGCGGCAGCCCUGAAAAAUCAUUUUAUAUAUUUUGUUUUGAGAUAAUCUCAUAGGAUGAUAAGCAAAUAAGUUGGGCGUGCUUAUUUAGACGUCUGUUGCUAAAAUUAGCUUGUGAGUAUUUAAUCUUACAUUAAACGGAUUUACUUUGAAGGGUUUACUCGUUAAAGUUAAGUAGGUUUAUUAAUUUCCCAAUGCCUUACCCAUGAGAUGGAAUUGGGAGGUGCCAAGUACAAAUUUCUUGAAGAAAAAUUAUAGCGCGCCUUGUUAGAUUUAAAUUUUAUGUUAUUGCAAAAUCGUAGAAUUUGAUUGAAUGAAUUUAGCAAAAAAUGUUACAACUUCUGUAGUCUGAUGCGCUUUGAAGGCAAACUUGGGAAAGGUCUACCGUAAGUAAUUAGCUAUAAUGCAUAACGCCAGAGGUGCACUCGACCUUACAGUUCAUAGGCUACUGGUUUUAUGUUGUUCAUGUGUUUAAUGAUAACACCUAGUCUAAGAAGUCGAUGGUGCAAUUUCCUGAUUCGUGGUUAUUCUUUCAUUUGCUUUUCUAGCAUAGAAUUGCUAAUGUUGCUAUUUAUUAUUUCAUCCAGUUGCAAAUUCUUAUCAUUUCUCUCCUUGUCAAGCUUGGCGCAGUAAUUUAAUACUAUUGAUGAUAAAUUCCUUCUCCACUGAUAUUGUAAGACGGCAACAUACCUUGCCUGCUAUGUAGCACAGUUUUGUAAACAAAGGUCAAUAAUAUACCGCAAGAUUUCGCUCUGCCAAAAUUAAAGUUUGGGAAAGUCGAGAUCUGAGCAUUUAUGCAAAGCUCGUUUGAUCGAAUGCAUAUGUCUGAAAUACCUAGUGACACUUCAAAAAUAAGGUGUUACUAUGAAAGAACACUAUUUCUGAAAAUUUAGCUGCGGAGUCAGAAUUUUUAUUCUGAUAAAAAUAAGUUGAAAGAUGAAGGAUGAUUGAAAAUCUCUCGACGAUUUUUUUUUUUCAUUUGUAAUACCUGCCAGAUCGACUAAAUUAGGGAUUAUUAACACGUAUGAUGAAUUGUCAGGAUGCGUUUUUGGCCGGUAUAAAAUUUAAUGAUCUUAGCUUUUUCUUAGCUCUGAGUAAAGAUUUCUCCUUU